AUGGACGCAGCUGAGCAUGAUCUUGAUGCAAAGCUCUACAAGGCUUCAGGCACCCUCCUUACCGAAUUCCAACAGAACCUCCCUCUGCUGUUAAAACACAGCGGGACAAAUCCCCCAAGACGCCGUCUUCGAGUCCUCGACUCGAAAUGCGAGAAGCUAUGUCGACUGCUUGACCGUUUUCAGGAAUGGCCUCAAUUGCUUGACCCAUAUCUUUCCACACUGAUCCAGCUUCUGACCAAUGCCUUUAUUGGCUACCUCGCAGAGUCCAGUGAUCAGUAUGGCCCAACGCAACGGCGCGGUGCAGCUGGCGUCUCUCCUCUGCCCCGAGCGAUAUGCAAGAUCCUGUACUCUUUCUGCAAGGUCAGGGGCUACAAAGUCAUUGUUCGCUUGCUCAAUAAUGAGCCUAGAUACUUGGCUCCCAUGCUGUCUGCUUUCACAGCUUGGAAUACACCCUCCAAGGGCAUGACCUGGGAAGAGCGAUACAUCAUGCUUCUAUGGCUUUCUCAUCUGAUGCUUGCGCCCUUCGAGCUGGCCACUAUGUCUGUCAGCAACACGGUCACCGCCCUUCCUGGUGACCUUGGUAACCUUCCUGGCAUCGCCGGCGAUGUCAUUUCAAUUGCCUUCGAACAAUUGGAAAGCUCGGGCAAGGAGCGCGAGGCUGCACGUGUGCUGCUGGUGCGAUUGAGCUUACGGAGAGACAUGCAAGCCCAUAAUCUGCCCGAGAAGCUUGUGCACUAUGCCUCCCAAAAGCUACUUCAUGAUCCUGAUAUUGCCAGCUUGAGUCCCUACAAAGCUUUGGGCCUGUUGUCGCUUCUUUACGGCAUCACAAACUCAGGCUCGGAUAGUGAAGUUUCUUCUUAUCUUGAGAACGUCUUCACUUCUAUAUUGCAGAUUGCCACGGCUGAAAGCAGCCACUUUGCAGCCAUCAGAGAUUCCGCCCCUGCGCGGAAAUGGAUUUUGAAAAUUUUGCGGGCCGUUUUGCUGCAUGCGAUCUCCUUGGCUUCGAAGCAUCCUUCUCUGCAACGAAAGAGCCUGAACACCGUGCUUGAGGAGAGUAUACAAUAUUUCCUCGAUGCCCUCAGCGACAAAGAUACGCCAGUCCGAAUGGCUGCGGCCAAGGCGUUGAGUGUCGUGACCCUAAGGCUAGAUUCUGACAUGUCGUCACAAGUCGUGGAAGCCGUCUUGGGGUGUCUCGAAGAAAACGUGCUGUUGGAAGAUCCUCACAGUCAUAAGCUCAUGGCGAUAACCGACAGAACUAUCGCUGACCCCGAAAGGAUGAAGAGAGUCAUAACUGCAGUCGACCCAUUGAGAUGGCAUGGUCUGAUGCUAACCCUCUCGCACUUACUGUUCCGCCGGUCUCCUCCGCCUCAAAUGCUCUCAGAGAUCAUCCGGGCCUUGCUCCUGGGAUUGGACUUUGAACAGAGGUCCAACGUUGGGACUUCAAUUGGGGUCAGCGUGCGGGAUGCCGCAUGCUUUGGUCUCUGGGGUCUGGCCCGAAAAUACAGCACUUCAGAUUUGGACCCCGUUCCAUUCUUGGACUAUGUUGAACCAAGCGAGACAGAGUGCCAGAGUGUCCUACAGUUGAUAGCCGUCAGACUGACCCUCUCGGCCUGCCUCGAUCCUUCAGGUAACAUUCGCCGAGGGUCAUCAGCGGCACUACAAGAGCUAAUCGGUCGGCAUCCCGAUACAAUCACCAAUGGUAUUUCGGUGGUCCAAGUUGUUGACUACCAUGCUGUUGCACGGCUCUCCCGAGCUAUGAUUGAGGUCGCCUCAGAGGCCGCUGCUCUUGGUGGUGUCUAUCACAGAGCCCUACUGGAGGCUCUGAGAGAAUGGCGAGGUGUACGUGCUGCCGAUGUCAAUCAGCGUCGCUGGGCUGCUUCGACCAUUCAAUUUCUCACAGAAUCUCUUCCCGCGUCGGAAAUCUCUUCCUUCGCGGAAGGCAUCAUUCGUCAACUUCUCAAUUUAAAGCCAGUCAACAUGGGCAGUACUGCAGCAGCCAGGCACGGACUGCUCCUCGGGUUCGCCUCUGCAGUUGGCUCUCUUACAAAGCUUGAGCCUGAGACAGCAUUGCGUUGGCUUGAGAGGGACGGGAAUAAGGCCCUUGAGUUGAAGAUGUUAACCGGGAAGAUUGAGGGCCGCAUAACAUCGGAUAUCGAACUUGUGAUGGAAGGAAUCGCUACGCUCAUUUCUGAAAUCAGCAAAUGCUGCGCAAUGACAAAACCAACCCCAGCGCCUGUGCUGCAAUCAUGGAUUUCCGCAGCUGCUGGAGUUCUCGAUCAUUGCACAACAGCAGCGACGAGGGAAAUUGCUGUCCAAACGAGUGCUGAAGCAUUCGUGGAGCUGUUCAAGGUCCUCCCACUCUCCGCGGAUGGCACAAUGAUUGAAGGGUGGCUCGAAGGUAAACGACAAACAUCUGCAGCUUCUACAAGCAAAGGGCGCCUCAAGACGCUCAGUUUGAUCUACGGAUAUUUGGCUCAGAUAGGGUUUGAUCAAGGAACUCGUCAAAAAAUCAUGUCGUACACGAUGGAUAUCGUCCAGGGACCAUACAAAAUCGAGACAAGAGUUGAUGCCAUGGAGGCUCUGGGCGUCAUACUGGCCAGCGAAAUCCCGAAGAUCAACACAGAGAUGACAAGCCGACUAUACACAGUUUUCCAAUGUGGUUUGACGGACUACACCAAUGACCAGCGAGGGGAUAUCGGUUCAACUCUUCGACUGCAGACACUCGAGACUGUCGACAUCUAUCGGACCCAACUUGGCUCUCGCGAAGAAGCUAGCACGAUCUCCAAAGACGUGUUGCCACUUGUUGUGAAGUUGGCAGCAGAGAAGCUAGCCAAUGUCCGGUUCCGCGCGUGGAAAUGCCUGGAAAGCCGUUGGAGAACGGAUAGGUCCUUUCCACCCCUUCAGAAUACUUUCCACUAUUCCACCGACGUCUCAUCCGUCACAUACUUCCAGCAACUGAUGGAACUAAUAUGCAUAUCCUGGGCGCAAAGAGCUCUCAUCCUUGGACUUGUUUCAUCGGCAACGGCCGGCGCAGAAGACCUUUGUCGUGCUGCCAGUAAUGCGUUUGCCCUGCACGUGCAGUCUGUCGACGCGAAGACAAAGGCAACGCUUGUUGAGACAGUUUCGAUCGUCGUUGUUGAAGAGCUUGCGCUAAAGGCUCAAGAAGAUGACCGCCAGGUUCUCCCCUUGCUUGACUUUCUCUGUUUCAUCAUCGAUCAGAAUCUAUACGCUCUCGACUCGAGCAACCGUUCCGAUAACACUAAUUUGGAUUUGUGGACUGUGAUGCAAAAAGUCCACGGCCCUGGGUCAAGCCUCCAGAGGAUUGAAGCUUCUCUGAAUGUCUACUCGAGGAUGUUGGGUAUCGAUGCUUAUCGUGCCAGGGCGCUGGAUAAAUUGACCCGACAGCUGCUCCAUCGCUGGCCAAAGAUUCGCAAUAUUGCGGCCGACUUUCUGUACGUUGACUACCCCAGCCAGAAACUGGCCUUUUGCGAUUGGAACGAUCCGGUGAGCAAAAUAAAGCCCAUCGUCCUCGAAAUCCGAAAACAGGUUGGUGCAGCCGGAGUGGGCGCCACCAGGUCAGAAGCCUGA